AUAAAGGUUUUGAUAGAUUUGUUUGCCUUAUAUUGUGUUUUUUAUUAGAAAUAAAUAUUUAUAAAUAAUUAUAAAACGUGAAAAUUGCAAGGGCGAACGGGCUAGGACGGCAGAAAUAUGGUUUUGGCAGAUUUAGGUCGAAAAAUCACCUCAGCGAUUCAAUCGCUUAGUAAGGCGACGGUCAUUAAUGAGGAUGCUUUGAAUUCAAUGUUAAAAGAAAUAUGCGCAGCGUUACUAGAAGCUGAUGUGAAUAUUCGUUUAGUAAAGCAACUACGCGAGAAUGUAAGGGCUGUCAUUGAUUUCGAUGAGAUGGCUGGUGGCUUAAAUAAGCGACGUAUGAUACAAUCGGCCGUUUUUAAAGAGUUGAUUAAACUAGUCGAUCCAGGUGUAAAGCCGUACCAGCCAGUGAAAGGAAGACCCAACGUUAUUAUGUUCGUCGGCCUACAGGGUUCCGGCAAAACCACAACAUGUACCAAGCUAGCCUAUCACUACCAAAAACGCAAUUGGAAAUCUUGUCUUGUUUGUGCUGAUACUUUCCGAGCUGGAGCAUACGAUCAAAUAAAACAGAAUGCAACAAAAGCUCGCAUUCCUUUUUAUGGUAGCUAUACAGAAAUCGAUCCUGUAGUCAUAGCGCAAGAAGGUGUAGAAAUGUUUAAACGUGAAGGAUUCGAAAUUAUUAUUGUGGAUACAUCAGGUCGUCACAAACAAGAAGAAUCUUUGUUCGAAGAAAUGUUAGCUGUGUCCAGAGCUGUAUCGCCAGACAAUAUAAUAUUCGUAAUGGACGCAACCAUUGGACAGGCGUGCGAGUCUCAAGCUAAAGCUUUCAAGGAAAAAGUUGAUAUUGGUUCAGUUAUAAUUACAAAGCUUGACGGUCAUGCAAAAGGAGGUGGUGCACUUUCUGCAGUCGCAUCAACUAACUCGCCAAUUAUUUUCAUCGGCACCGGAGAACAUAUUGAUGAUUUAGAACCAUUCAAGACGAAACCAUUCAUAAGCAAACUUCUUGGUAUGGGUGAUAUUGAAGGCCUGAUUGAUAAGGUCAAUGAACUUAAACUAGAUGGCAACGAAGAGCUUUUGGAAAAAAUCAAACAUGGUCAAUUCACAAUACGAGAUAUGUACGAGCAAUUUCAAAAUAUAAUGAAAAUGGGGCCUUUUUCCCAAAUAAUGGGCAUGAUUCCUGGAUUUUCACAAGAUUUUAUGACUAAGGGUGGUGAACAGGAGUCAAUGGCACGAAUAAAACGUAUGAUGACCAUGAUGGACAGUAUGUCCGAUGGCGAAUUAGAUAAUCGUGAUGGUGUCAAAUUAUUUACGAAACAGCCAACACGUUAUGUUCGUGUGGCCCAAGGUGCUGGUGUACUCGAAAAAGAAGUUCGCGAUCUAAUUUCCCAUUAUACGAAAUUCGCAGCUGUUGUGAAAAAAAUGGGAGGUGUUAAAGGACUUUUCAAGCAAGGCGACAUGACAAAGAACGUCAAUCCAACGCAAAUGGCAAAAUUAAACCAACAAAUGGCAAAAAUGAUUGAUCCACGUUUGUUGCAACAGAUGGGCGGAAUGGGGGGUCUACAAAAUAUGAUGAGGCAGUUGCAACAAGGAGCGGCUGGUGGUCUUGGUGGCUUAGGAAAUUUAAUGGGAGGUUUUGGUGGGAAAUGAAAACAGCAAGAAGCAAGAUAAUGUUUAGGCUUUAGUAGAAAAAAUAUUUCUUAAGGUUUGGGAUAAACAAGAGUUGAUGGAGCCGAUACUCAGCUCAUUACGCCAAUAAAUUUUUUUUCAUUGUUUUCCCA